AUGGCGGCAACAAACAGUACUGGCACCAUGGCCGCCGAACCAGCGUUCUAUAAACCGCGAACCUUUAUGAUUUCCGACAUUCUGAAUGAACCAGAUGAUGAGAUGUCACUCGUCCGAUUCCUUCUUUACUCUAACCACUUUGACGUCCGUGGGCUCUGUGCUAGCACCUCGAUCAGCCUGCAGAAUGAAACUCAUCCCGAGGCCAUGGAAAGAAUCAUUCGAGCAUACGGCAAAGUUGCUGAUAACUUGAAUUCCCAUGUCAGUCCCAACUGCCAGUUUCCCCCGGCUGAUAAGCUGCUGGCGAUGGUGUCUUCCGGCCCAAAAGUUUAUGGCAGGAAGUUUCUCUCAGAACCACUGAGCGAGGGUGCUAGAAGGCUUAUUCAGAGUCUCGAGGAGUCUGAGGAGCCACUAUACGUUGGCCUUUGGGGUGGCGCGAAUGUCGUUGCGCAAGCUAUGCACCACAUCGAUCAGAUAAAGCCAAAAGCUGAGGCUGCUCGGCUACGAGCAAGACUUCGGGUUUAUUCCAUCUCUGAUCAAGAUGACACCGGGCUCUGGAUCCGCCAACGUUGGCCCAACAUUGCAUACAUUGUCAGCAUACAUGGGUUUGGAGAGUUUCUCGCUGCGACGUGGGUCGGAAUCAACGCAGAAGACAAUGGCAUACCCGACAUGACCAAGGUCCAGGACGACUGGCUUACGCCCAACAUCCGUGUUGGCCCUCUUGGGGCUGAGUACCCCGUCAUCAAGUUUGGCAUGGAGGGCGACUCGCCUAGCUUCAUGGGGCUCAUUCCUAAUGGUCUAUCAAAUCCCGAGAAACCCGAAUGGGGUGGCUGGGGUGGUCGAUAUAACCGGAUUACUUGGGCCUAUGACCUGAGUGCUGAGUAUGGAGUCUCUCCCGACACGGUGGUAGCUCCCAACGGGAAGCCAUACAUGAGUGUGCAAUCAACCGUCUGGCGCUGGAGAGACGCCUCGCAGGACGAUUUUGCAGCUCGAAUGCAAUGGACGCUUCAUCAGGACUUCAGUGCAGCGACACAUCCACCCGUGAUCGACGUUAACGGGUCUGUUGGUCCAGAGGCACUGCACAUCUUGGUCCCUCCCAAGGCAUCCAUCACUCUCGAUGCAAGCAACACUGUGGACUUGGAUCAUCCUGGGGAUAUUGGGCAACUUGAAUUCGAGUGGUUUUUCUAUCUUGAGCCAGGAUUCCCACAGGCCACUGGAGACAAGAAGAUGGGUGAAUACAUCAGUCUUGAGCCGUUGUCACCCCCGACAGGAACAGAUGGAAGGCUUUCCAGAAACGAAGCUGGCUUUGGCAAGGUGAUCCUGGGCCCAAGAGUUUCUGUCAUGAAUCUUGUGCCGGAAGAACGGGAUUUACGCUCGCGAGAGUGGCACAUCAUCCUGCAGGUUAAGACUAAGAAGGGCCCGUAUCUGAUCACGAGGUACAAGAGAGUGGUCUUUAAGUCAGAGUAA